AUGACCUUCGAGCACACGAGGAGCGAUAUUUGGGCUAUUGGCUGCAUCUUCGCAGAGCUGCUAACAUCGGAGCCCAUUUUUCACUGUCGCCAGGAAGACAUAAAGACCAGUAAUCCCUUUCACCACGACCAGCUGGACCGCAUAUUCAGCGUCAUGGGUUUUCCUGCAGGUCUGAACUCUGCACACAACUGCAUCUCCACACAUAAAGACUGGGAGGACAUUAGGAAGAUGCCUGAGUACCCCACACUACAAAAAGACUUCAGGAGGACAACGUAUGCAAACAGCAGCUUAAUCAAGUACAUGGAGAAGCAUAAAGUGAAACCUGACAGCAAGGUUUUCCUGUUG